AUGGCCGGAUACCGUGAUUGGGUAUCGCAGGGUGCUUCAUCCUCGGCGGCCCCUUCGUUCCCUAUUCCUGCGCCCAUUCCCGAUCCAGAGGAGUUGGAGUUCAUGUCCCAAGGCCCGUCGCGUGCUCGGGCGGCUCCAUCUCUCUCGGCUGGGAGGGUCAACAUGCAGGAUCUUGAUCUGAACUCCCAGGACGAGUCCUUCCCCUACCUCGAUGAAUACACUGACAUUCUGGAGUUUGGAAGAGGACGCGGCGAUGGUGUUCAGAUCGGCUCGUUUCAACCUCCCCGUCAGACCGAUGGUGGUGUUCCAAUCGGCCGGGGAAGGGGUGGCACUGCACGUGGUGGCCGCCGUGGUCGGGGAAGGCGAGGUACUGCUUCACCUUCGCCGCCUUCAGAUGCAAGUCCUCCUAUCCGGCAACAUCUUCGUGGGAGAUUGGGACGAGGCGCAACCUCUGCUGCCUAUUCUACAUCCAUGAACACAGAGGAUGUUGAACAAUUGGACGAGGAAUCUGGGGAGGAUCAUCAUAACAAAUGUCAUAGAGCAAACUGGAGCGAAUUAAACACAGGAAUUUUUUGCGAAUUAGCUGUGGAACAAAUCCGUAUAGGCAAUGCAACAGGUGGGGUGGUCAAUUCUAGAGGUUUCAAGGAAAUAGCUGCCAAAUUUGCGGAGAGGACUACCAUCAGGCAUGAACCGAAGCAAUUCAGAAAUAGGUGGGAUCAAUGCAAGAAAUUAUAUGAAUUUUACGUUUUCGCGAUGAAACAAUCAGGAUUAGGUAGGAAAAAUAAUGGAGCCAUUUCAGCAAGUAAAGCCUGGUGGGAUAAAUACUGCAAGUAUCCAGAAUGCCGUAAAUUUAGCAAGUUCCUACCUCACUAUCUUGAGCUGCUGUAUGAGAUGUACCACAAAAAUGUAGUUGAUGGAUCAACUACAACCAUACCAGGAGAUGUGGAUGAAGAUAGGCAGGAGGUACCUGAAGAAGAUGACUUCCAAUUUGAUGUGGAGGACUACCCUGAACAGAGCCCUAUGAGCCCUAUGAGUAAUGGCAGCAAGAAAAGGAGUACCAGUACAAAUGAUACAGCAUCAAGCCCUCAAAAGAAGAGUAAAAGUCCUUUUUUCAAGAUGUUCAAGGGCCUCAUAGACACUAUGCAUGAGGGGAUCUCUGAAGAUAACACUACCAUGAGGGUGAAGAUGGAGUUGCAGUUGAAGCAGAGGGAAAUGGAACUGCAACAACAACUGAAGCAGAAGGAGCUGGAGUUGGAAUUUAGAAGGCAUUCUCAUGACAAAGAAGAAGAUGAGUUCAGAGCAAGCCUUCUAUUGGCACAGGAGUGUGGAGCAUCAGAAGAGUCAGAAGAGUACUUUUUUGCUAUGGAGUUGUUUAGGGAUAGACUUAACAGGGUAGCUUUUGGCACACUAUCGACAAAGGAAGCAAGGUUCAAAUGGUUGCAAACUAAGUGUGGGAAGACCUUUGGCCGGCCAUGA